UUUGAUAGAGUAAGAAUUGUACUGAAGUAGAAGCUGAUUUAAGUAAUAUUUCGUUUAUAUUUAAGAACUUUGGUAUUUUGUGUUUUAAAAAUUUCCAUUCCUAUGAGAUUCAAACUAAAUUGUGAUCGUCUUCACUAGCUGUGUUCGAUUCACCAAGCGUUUGAGAGAAACUAGUUGCUCAAUUAAACUGACGGUACUCACGAUGAAACCUUACGUUGACUUAUCUUUUGACUCUUGCUGAAUUGCGUUGCGCGUCACUCUUUGGUGGAGUAAUACUUAUUUCCACGCUAAAAAAGAUUUUAGUAACCCAAAAGUUUCGAGCAGCUCCCGUGCCUCACAUUUUCAAUAAACUAUCAUAUUUUAUUUAAAGCAUAUAAAACUAUUCUGUGAAUAUCGAAAGCAAAUUUAUUCAAAAUUUUAUAUUUUUAUACUUCUGUCUAUGUAGAUCAGUCAACAUUUAACGUUAAAUGAAACAAAAACCACUCGUAAAUACUGUUUUUUUUAUAUCUCAACAGUCGAUAGAUAAUUGAUAACAUAUAUUUUAUUUAUGAGCACAAGUUCACAUAAGGACCGUUUGGAUAAUCAGCUUAUCACGGCAAUAAGGCAAUACAAUCGAACAGUAACGAAAUAAGUGACUAGAAGGAUGAUCAAACUCAAUAAAUUACAUUCAAAACUCUUAACUUAUGUAUGUAGUCUUAUACUGGAGUGUAUAUAUGUACAUAUGUAUAUGACUGCAGUCGCGUGAGAGAAUACAAAGUCCGUGCUGACAAUUCCUUAUCAGAUGAUAUGUUGUACAAUGUGCGCUAACCGCUUGACGAUAAGCGUCUCAGUGCCCACGAUCGCGGGCCGUUGUUGUUGGCCGAUUGCUUUACUAUGAGUACUUGUAUAUAUGUAUGUAUAUGUAAAUUGUCGGCAGAUAUGGGCAUAUAAUCACUUUUGUGGGUUAAAUGAAAAAUUUGGCGACAUUUGGCUUUGUUAAGACCAUUUGAGCGCAUAAAUAGCGAAAUUGCUGUAACAUUUUUUAUGAAUUUGAUAUUCCAAAAAUGAAAAAAAGGAAAUGCAUAAUAAAUUGCUGCAACUUCUAUAAAUUUGUGGUCUCUUUUUAAUGCCUAAAAUCGCAUUAAAUAUUUUCUAAAGGAAAUUAAACAAGAAACAAAGUUAACUUCGUCUGUAUAAAGCUACAAUACCCUUCACCGGUGCAUUUUUUAUAGCAUAAAGGAGUAUAAAAAGAUCUUUAUCUUGAUUCUGAUCGGUUAGUUCAUAUCACAGCUAGAUGUUAUAGUGAUCCGAUCUGAAACAUUUCUUUGAAGAUUGCACCAUUAAUCCUAGGCAAUAAUCCAUGCCAAACAUCUUGAUGAUAUCUCGCCAAAUGACACAGCUUUCCAUACAACCACUUGAUUCCGAUCGUUCCUUAAGAUUCAUGGCACUAUUAUUGACGCAAAAUAUUUUUCUUAAAGGUAGCUACUUGAUCAUUAACUUAGCAAGCAUGAAAAGUCUAUGGAUUUAUUAUCAUAAAAACAAAAAGACAUUUAGCCACUCGACUUCUAAAACGUCUUAAAAGUCUUUAAAAUAAUAUAAAAAACAUCGUUGUGUUUCUUCAAUUUCUAAACUUCCAAAAAUUCUCUGUAGAAACAGGGCUGCGGAUAAUGAAAUAUUUAGACAAAACAUCAAAUAACCAACAGCAAAAGUAAGUAUCCUCUGAAGCAACUCACUUCAUUUGAAAAACUGCAUAAUGAACGUUUACAAAAAACCCUUAAACCUAUUCUGAACACUAAAAGUGAUUCAUUUUUUUUUGUAAAAUUAAAAACUUAGAAACUAGCUGAGAGUAGUUGAUCAUUUCAGUUUUAAAGUCAACUACCGGUAAAGCGCGGCACAAAGUACACCACAAAUUAGAACAUUUAAUAAACAACCUUUAAGCGGAAGUUUUUUUUUUACUAAACACUUUCUUAAAAACGUUUCAGUAAUUAGUCACGCAAUUUUUUCUUCAUAUGAGUGUAUUCGGGAUUGAAGGUAAGAAGUGUUUCAUUACACCUAUACUGAGAACUAUAAAAAAAUUUAAAAUAUAAUUGCUACUAUUAACAAAAAGAAAUGUGUUUCUCGCAAGUGCUGCAAAUUAAUUUAAAACUAUUUCCGAAGCAUAUUUUAUAAAUAGACAUGCGAAUAAUUUUAAUUAAUGUCUGUAUUUAAAAAGUAUAAAUAUAGUCAGACUUUGUGCUAAUGAAACAAAUUAUAAUGAGAAAUUAUAUAUCCGACAUUAAUUAUGACAAAUUGUUUUGUUUAAAUUUCGUUUAUAAUUCGUUAAUUCUUUCUUGAAGAUAUGUGAUGAAUAGAAUGCAACAACUCGGUUAAGCAAUCGUUUCCAAACCAGGGUAACCGAAUAGCACCUACUUUAAUUCACUAUUUUUUAAGAGUUGUACGGAAGCACUUUGACAGAGUGUUCUCACUGACACUCUUCACACUCCCUAUUUUCCCAUACGUCGACAGCACUCGUUCUACCUUGAACUGGUUGUGCCACGAAGUUUUGGAUAUAUCGAACGGAAAUUUGGCACACGUCCGUUUCCUCUCAAGAAGCUCAUUUGUCGGAACCGCCAAACUUUUUGAAGGUUGUUUAUUUUAAACAUAGUGGAUAGUUCUAUUCCUGUAAGGAGUAUAUAUAAAGCAUCAAGUAAGGCAAGGUUUUUUCUUGUUUUAUACCAAUAUGAGCAUUACAACACUUACCAGGAAACUUUGCAGAUUUAAUAAAACAUUCGAUUUCUUAGAAAACUUGUUUAUGUUUAACCCACGUAUUUUAAUAAACAAGCCAGAACAAAAAAUAUGAAAAUGUCGGAGUACUAGGGAACGGGCUCGCGUGGUCUGCACUGAUUAUUACAAACUAUAGUAUUUGUAUGUGUAUAUAUGUACAAGUAUAUAGUAAAAAUUUCAAUAUGUUAGUUUAUUUAAAACUGAUUGCAUUGCGUUGCAGCAAAUUGAUUUUCAUUAAAACAAUCGCAAUUGUUGCAACAGCCAGCAGUGAUUAUAGGAUGUGGGCGGAGAGAGGGGCAAGAUAUGGUAUUGCACUUGUACAAUACUACAAUCAAACUGUGCUAUUUGAGUGCAUUCGCUCAGGCGCUGAAGCUGAGACUACUUGAUAAGAAAAUUUCUUUUCAUUGUCAAUGUUAGUGGGUGAGCCAAAACGAUGAUUUAAACAGGAAUCAGCAAUAUACUACUUUAUAAUCUAUAAAAUAAGUACGUAUAUAAAUUAACUGUGAAAAUUGUUUAGUGUUAUCGUUGAUUGUUAUCGGUAUCGAGAUGUAAAAUAAUUCGUAAAUAUAUAUUCGGGCUUUUUCUGUGUCAAACUGGUUCUCUUAAAGUCUAUUAAGUCUCGCUGAUUGUCUUGACCAAGACAAUUACACAAUACUAAGUGAUUCUUUGGAUAUUUAUAUUUCUUUAUUCAUUUGUAGCUAAUUAAAUUUUCAGCAUUAAUUUAUAAAAGAAGUAAGCCUACUAGUUUUAGGAAAAAUGUUUGGUCCAUAAACGAUCAGGCUUGUUUUUAACGUAUCUUUCCUUCAAUUUUCACCUCAAUGAAAUUUUAUUAUAAAUAUAGUUAUAAUAAAACCUUUAUUAAGUUUAGGUUUGGUGGAGUUCACACUCGCCUAAUUGCUCGAUAAAGUAACUAACUAAAUGUCUCGUUUCGUUUCGGUCAGCCCAGAACAUUAUGUCUAAGGGCAAAGUGCAAUUCUAAUCUUUCACUUUUACAUGUUUUAGUUAUCUUAACUUUCUUGCAGUCCGCUGACGUUUGUCCUUAGGCGUUUUCAACGGGGAUUAUAAGGCAACAACAAAGUUAAUAUUUAAGCGAUUGCAUUGUUGUGUGAACAAAUGUGUAACCGAUUCGUCAAGCAGUAGCAACAACACGCUCAACGUGUUGAUAAGAAACACAAAUACAUACACAAGCCUAUAUACCGAAUCCACACACAUGUACGACUAUACUGUGCUCAAGCAGCAAGCAAACACGAGCGGUCAUCACAAGCGAGAGAGUACAAUCAUCACUCGCUGUUUAUGUGCAUUUAUAAGAGAAGCGAGAGCGUGAAGCAUUUCCCUGCCUGAAUGCGUGUUCGUAUAGACUUGGGUAUCUAGCUGUAGAUAGUUGUUUUUAUUGACUGAUCGUGAAGGCGCUACUAAAUUUUUUUUUUCUUUUCUAUGACUUUUUCUUUGUAUUAUGGACAUACAAACACAUUGCAUUUGCCGUUAGCGGGCAUUCGAAGUUUUGUUAAGUUUCCGGCCAGUUAGCGGUGUCAGUCUACUUUCGUGGCUUGUACGCGCAAGUUUCUUCGUAUACGUUUGGCAGUUCGCGGUCUCCACGCUCGUAUUGCUUUCUGGGAGAUUUUUUUUUAGUUUCUUCAUUUCUUGCGUGUCUUUAAAUAUUCGUUGCUGAACAACUACUUUCGAUUUUAUUGCUUUCUGUACUUCUCACUGCACUUAAACAACUAUCGACAUGUCCAAUUGGGAGUCAUUAUAUAACCGUCCAGGUCCGAAUCGCUUGCUGCCAGCCGAGUCAUAUCGUACGAGCGAUCCUAAGGAGCCAGUGAAGAUUCGUAGAUCUACUGAGGGGCUCUCAGCUGAAGAGCCAAUUUCUGUUCCCGGUGUGUUGAAGCGUACCGUUAAUAAUUAUGGUGAUUACCCAGCGCUGCGCACAAAAAAUGAGAAGAAGGAAUACGUAACCGUUACCUACAGGCAAUAUGAACAAAAAGUGCAUCAAGUCGCCAAAGCGUUCAUCAAGCUCGGUCUGGAGCCGCACCACUCAGUGGGUGUGCUAUCCUUCAAUUGCGCCGAAUGGUUUUACUCUGCGAUGGGUGCCAUACACGCCGGUGGUAUUAACGCUGGUAUUUACACGACCAACUCAGCGGAAGCUUGUCUGCAUGUUUUGGAGAAUUCGCGUGCACAAAUCGUGGUGGUCGACGAAUCCAAGCAAAUGGAUAAGAUUAAAGAGAUUAGAGACAAGUUGCCACAUCUCAAGGCGGCCAUUCAAAUUCAGGAACCAUAUGCGCCCUACAUGAAGAAGGAAGAUGGCUACUACAGGUGGUCUGAAAUCGAGGCGAUGGCUGUUGCGGAUGUUGAAGAUGAGUACCAGAAGCGUCUGGCGAAUAUCGCCAUAAACCAGUGCUGCUGUCUGGUAUACACUUCUGGUACCGUGGGCAUGCCGAAGGGUGUUAUGCUUAGCCAUGACAAUCUCAUCUUUAAUACCCGCGCCAUCACAAAGUCGCUAUACAAUGUUACAGCCGGCUCUGAGGUGGUCGUAUCCUACCUGCCACUAUCCCAUGUGGCCGCACAGACUGUUGAUAUCUACACAGUUGCAUCUAUAGCUGGUUGCAUAUAUUUUGCCGACAAGGAUGCGCUGAAGGGUACACUUGUGAAGACGCUACAAGAUGCGCGUCCCACAAGAUUUAUGGGCGUUCCGCGUGUCUAUGAAAAAUUCCAGGAACGCAUGGUGGCCAUUGGCUCGUCUAACGGUGGUUUGAAGAAAAUGCUCGCCAGCUGGGCUAAGGGUGUAACAUUGCGUCACUAUAUGGAGACUCACGGCAAAGGUCCCGGUGGUUUCGGUUAUAACCUUGCUAAGAAAUUAGUUAUGUCCAAGGUGAAACAAGCACUCGGCUUUGAUCGGUGCAUAACUCUCGUUACUGCUGCUGCACCCAUGUCACCCGAAACAAAAAAAUAUUUUCUGAGCUUGGACAUGAAACUUUUGGAUGCCUUCGGUAUGUCUGAAGUGGGCGGUUGCCACACACUGUGUCUUCCUGAUACACAGCCGCUGAACUCGAUCGGCAAAACAUUGGCCGGUUGUGAGACUAAGGUUGUCAACAAGGAUGAAAAUGGUCAUGGAGAGCUCUGCAUACGCGGCCGUCACGUGUUCAUGGGCUACAUUUACAACCAAGAGAAAACCGAUGAGGCGCUUGAUGAGGACUGUUGGCUGCACUCAGGCGAUGUUGGCUACAUUGAUGACAAAGGCUACGUUUACAUAACCGGACGUUCAAAGGAGAUUAUCAUCACCGCUGGUGGCGAGAACAUACCACCUGUACACAUUGAGAAUUUGAUCAAGAAAGAAUUGGAUGGCAUUGCGAAUGCCUUCUUGGUGGGUGAACAGCGCAAAUAUCUGACCGUGCUGCUAACAAUCAAGACCGAAAUGGAUCGCGAAACUGGCGCACCACUCGACGACCUCACUCACGAGUCGCUCACUUGGGUGAAGAGUUUGGGUGUUGAACACAAAACGCUGAGUGAAAUUCUGAAGGCAGGCCCUUGCCCCAAGGUAUGGAAAUCUAUUGAAGACGGUAUAAAGCGCGCCAACAAGCACGCCAUUUCCAAUGCGCAGAAGGUACAGAAAUUCACAAUCUUGCCACAUGACUUCUCCAUACCCACGGGUGAAUUGGGUCCCACUUUGAAGGUGAAACGCAAUGUUGUUGCCAAACAGUAUGCUGAUGUCAUCGAGGGUCUUUACGCCUAAGCUUGGCUGCUGGCACUUUCCAAAGCGCUCUGCGUUGUACAAACGAGGCUGUUCGUAAUUCCUAUCGUUUUGCUGAAAUUAUAGAAAUGUAGUUAGUUAAUGGAAUAACAAAUAUACAUAUAUAUAUAGACAAAUUACUAACAGAAAGACAGCAAAGAAAGCGAGAACAAAGCGUUGGCCAUGCAACCAGCCUGUAGAGUUUAAUAAAUAACAUACCUUAAUGACUUAAAUUAAGUUCGGUAGAUAAAAAAUGUACAUAAGAUUUUAAAGGCAUACCUAUCCAUUUUUAGCAGUAAUAUUCAGUUGGUUUAAUAUUUUUUUUCGACAUCCACUGGUUUUAUUUUUUAACAAAACAUAUUUUGCUAAUGGAUAUAUUUUCCUUUUUACCUUCUAUAUAAGGACCAAACUGAUUUUAAACGCUAUUGAAAUUUUGUAGAAAAAGUAGUUGCUAUGAAUUUGUAAAAGCUUAUACAAAAUAUGUUUUUUUUUAUUAUUUUAAAAAAUAACUUUAUAUUAUAUUUCACAAAAAUUCACACACAUACUUGUAUGUAUGCCCUUUAUAUAUAAAACUACUUACUUAUUAAAUUGUGUAAAUAAAUUCCAAUACUUUAGGUAAAUGAAAAAUUUUAUUGUACAAUGUAAAUAAGAAAAUAUAAAGCAAGUACAUAAAAAAGUGAAUACAAAAUAUUUUUCUUUAAAUAUAAAUAGUGUUGAAACUUUGGUGAGACUUAGUUCUGUACUUUCAUAGCAAGAAAAAAUAUUGAAACUGUUGUAUAGCCCUAGCAACAUUUCUUUAAACUGUGCGGAUCAUGUUUAUUUGUAUUAAAUGUUGCUAAACUGUACUCAAA